AUGCAAACAAGGAGUAAGAGUGGUAUUUCGAAACCAAAGAUUUUUCAAGCCACUGCAUGGAUUGAUGAAGAACUACAUAGCAUCAAACAGGCUUUGGCUAGUCCACAUUGGAAGGUUGUUGUUCAAGAAGAGUAUGAGGCUUUGCUAAAAAAUAAAACGUGGUCUCUAGUGUCAUUACCAAGUGACAGAAGGGCAGUGCACUGCAAAUGGUUGUUCAGAAUCAAGAGGAAUGCAGAUGGCUCAAUUGCUCAAUAUAAAGCAAGAUUUGUAGCAAAGGGGUUUUUUCAGCAACCUGGUAUUUACUUUCAUGAAGUCUUUAGUCCUGUUGUUAAACCAGUAAUUGUACGUGUCAUCUUGACACUAGAUUUGUCAAAAGGGUGGCAACUUAGGCAGGUUGACAUUAAUAAUGCUUUGCAGAAGAAGUCUACAUGA